AUGGCCUCCGUUUCGCCAGAAUGGCUCAACGCCGUUGACAGGGCCCACAAUGUUGUCGCCGACGCCCAAAAGAAAGGCCAUCUUGAUGCUAAGAUGAAGGACAUGGCGGAUCGGAUUCUCCGCGUAGUGAAAGGGCCGGCCGCCGAUGCCGAGCCCCUGAAUCUAGCUGUGGAUUCGUUUGAGGGGAUGCAUCAGUCGAAGUGCAACUACGACGGCGUGAUGUUCAUGCUCCGUAUGAGUGAUUGGCCAUCCGAAAUCAUCAAAACAAUGAGGUCGAAAGAGCCGAAAGUGGCAAAGGCUCAACUCAACGAACAAGCAAAACAACUUCGGGGCAAGGGGGUCUCGGAUAGCACUAUUAAGGCGGAGCGCGAGGCUUCCAAGGACUGGUCGGUUAUCCGGAGGGAAAGGGCCGGAAGCUCGUACUCUGUGGUCAAAGGGAACAUCGACAAGCUGACCAGCUACCGGAACGCUGUGGUUCACAACUCCCCACCCGACCCACUGAAAUAUCUCAAGGAUGAUGAAACGAUCGAUUGGAUCGCGAUAAAUCAGAUCUGCGAGACCCAAAAGCGCAUGGUGAGAGCGGAUCAGGAUGAAGGGUUGGUAGAUGAGGACCAAGUAAACCUCUUCGUAUCAAUGAUUGAUGGAUGGUUUGCGCUGUACAUUGAGAAGUGGAGCAACAACGGCCAGAUUCCUUACCUGACAGCCUAUGGCAUCGCACAGGAGAAGGCUGCGAGUGAUAAAAAGGAGAACGAGAGAACGAAAACAGAGAAAAAGGACAAGGAGCCUUGGAGCAUUUACGUGACUGACAAAUGGGAUUACUUAUCUGGGGUCUCAAGUCUCAACCGACUAGCCCAAGUGUCGAAACCAGACAUCGCCAGCGGGUGGUAA